CGGGGCUUCAGGACUUGGAUGUGAGAGUUCAAGAACGACAAGUUUUCCCUACUCUCACUGUUGAUGUUAAAAUGACCUCCAAUCUGGGUGUUUUAAAGUUUGCGGUACUUACUGUCUGAGAUCAUUUUUCGGGAUUGUAGUUUGGUGGCAUGUCUUAUCAGUCUCCACUACAUGGUGGAGCCAAUAAGAGAGGAGUAUAUUUGGGAAAAGAUGGUCUGCCGAAUUUGGAAACCAUGAAAAUUUCAUCUAAAGACACAAACGUUGAUAAAGAAUAUAAAACGGACUCAGGAAAUCUGAUAAACGGUGCAGUUACCAAACUAGCAAAUGGGAUUUCUCCUGCUGAAGGUUACGUUGGCUACUCCAACUUGCCUAAUCAGAUAUACCGGAAGGCUGUUCGGAAGGGGUUUGAGUUUAACAUCUUGGUUGUUGGGGAGUCAGGUGUAGGGAAGUCUACUUUUGUGAACUCGCUGUUUCUCAGUGAAGUAUACAAUACUGAUCAUCCCGGUCCCUCCAAACGUCAAAAGAAAACUACAUGUGUACAGUCGCAUACGGUUAUACUUAAGGAGAAUGGCGUAUACCUGAAGCUAAACUUGAUUGAUACUCCUGGUUUUGGUGACUGUAUAGACAACAGUAACUGUUGGCAACCGGUUUUGGAUUAUAUUAUUUCACGUUUCGACGAUUACAUUUCUGGAGAGAGCCGAGUCAAUCGUCCUUGUCAGAGCAUUCCGGAUCAGCGUGUUCACGCAUGCAUUUACUUCAUUGCCCCAACAGGACAUUCACUGAAACCAUUGGAUUUAGAAUUCUUAUCACGAAUACAGGACAAGGUUAAUGUGAUUCCAGUGAUUGCUAAAGCUGACACACUGACUCCGGAGGAAUGUCGUGAAUUCAAGAAGACAAUAUUGAAUGAUCUUACUUCUCGAAAAAUACGCGUAUUCGAGUUUAUCGACCCACCAGAGUGUGCAGAGCGAAGUAAUGAUGAAGAAUUGGUCAAAUUACGGCGUCUUCGUGACAGAGUUCCCUUCGCUAUUGUGGGAGCAAAUACAUUAAUUACUAAUGAUUCUGGUGUUCGUAUUCGAGCUCGUUCCUACCCUUGGGGUGUCGUCGAAGUGGAGAACAUGGACCACAAUGAUUUCGCUGCCUUACGCUAUCUUCUGCUAAGUGUUUACAUGCAGGAACUACGUGAUGUAACACAUAAUAUUCAUUAUGAAAACUAUCGAAACGCCAAACUUUCAGGUAUUGCAAUGGAAAGUCACUUUCAAACACGUGAUGGUAAAGAUCCUAUGGCUCUUAUGGAAGCUGAGAAAAAAGAGCAUGAGGCAAAGAUGCGUAAAAUGGAAGCGGAAAUGGAAGCUGUAUUUGAUCAGAAAGUUCAAGAAAAGAAUCAAAAGCUUCGUGAAUUAGAAUCCGAUGUAUUGCGACGUGUAGAACAAAUGAGAGAACAAUUGAAAGCUCAGGAAUUAGAACAAGAAGCUGCUCGUCGGUCAUUUGAAUUAGAACGUCAGAAUUGGGAAGAAAAUUGGCGUGAAUGGGAUAUUGGCGCAGAAAUUGGCACAAAUGGGCCAACAUUAGGUCUUGGUGAAAGAGUUAUGAAUGAGGUAAUCAAAGAACGUGCAAAGACAGAGAAAAAGAAAAAAGGACUUUUCUAGAUCCAUUUUUCAUCGUUGUUGUUGUUGCUGGCUUUAACCGACAGAAGUAAAUAGGGAUUGAUGGUCUCUCCUUCCAGUACACUGAUGCAUUUCCUCAGAAUAACUUUUAUUUCAAAAAUCAGGCUCUUUUAAUAAUGAAUUCAUUUGCAUUUAGGUUAUUGCUUCGAUUUUGUUACUGCUGUUUUCCUUUCUCUGUUUCUUUCCUAAUUCCUCGUUUUUCUUUUCUACUACUACUACUACUACUACUACUACUAUGACUACACUAUUUGAGGCAAUUUUCCUGUCUCCUUUUUUUGUUAUCCGAGUGAUGAAGAAUUUCUAAUUAUGCUUCAUUAUUAUCAUCAUUGUUAUUGCUACCAAUUAUUGUUAUUAAAUAAUAUUAUCAACGUAGAGGUGAUUUCUUUUUUUGUGACCUCAGUUUUUCAAUGAUCUGCUUUUCUAUGGUAAAUUCACAUUAUAUUCAGCUUGCUGUUACCUUUGACAAUGUUCAGUGUGAAACUGUCAACACAUCUGUGUGUGUUUGUUCAUGUUAUCAUUAUCGGUAGGGUGAGUAUACGGAGUAGUAGCAGUUGGCGUGUUGCUAUUUAUGCCAAUGCUCUGUUUAGCGUAAUACAUAACUCGUUUGCUUACUUCUCCUUAUAAAUACUGCUACUGAUAUUCCCCACUGUCGUGGGAACAAUCUCAGUUUAACAAAUAUCACUAACUUGACAUCGCGU